AUGUCAGCCCACUUCCGCUGCUGGUGGGUGCUCGGAGGCCUACUGCUGUUCGCGCUGGCGGCAGCGGACGAGCGCUGGGAGCAGGAGACGCAUGCAGUGAGGCGCAGCGAGCGCGGCGCUAAGAGCAGGGGUAUGUGUUGUGUUGUGUUGUGGCAGCACUUCCGCUGCUGGUGGCUGCUCGGAGGCCUACUGCUGUUCGCGCUGGCGGCAGCGGACGAGCGCUGGGAGCAGGAGGCGCAUGCAGUGAGGCGCAGCGAGCGCGGCGCUAAGAGCAGGGAGAUCUGCCGUUACGUGCGCGGCGCGUGGUCCGACUGCGACCCGAAGACCAACGUGCGCUCGCGGACCCUGACGCUGAAGAGAGGCGACCCCGCCAACUGCGAGAGCGCCAAAACCAUUCAGAAGAAGUGCAAGAAAGCUUGUCGCUACGAGAAGUCGUCGUGGAGCGAGUGCGGCCCCUCCGGCGAGAUGUCCCGCACGGACCCCCUCAAGGCCAACAGCGACCCCGCGUGCGAGCAGAGCCGGCGCCUCACCAAGAAGUGCAACAAGAACAAACAGAUCAAAGCCUCUAAAGACAAGGGUCGCCGGAACCGUCAGUAAAGUUUUUAAUCAAGAAAUACAUUUUAGUGAAAUAAUGUUUCAUUGUAAAAUUUAAUAAUGGUGUUUGUUCGCUGGUUCUAAUUUAUAUGUAAUAGUGCCAAAAAUAGUGUCAAAUAAACGUUUUUUUCUACGCUCAA